CAGAACCAAAAAAAAAAUCAUUGUCGUGUUUAUUGUGUAAAAACUAAAAAUUUUAAGUAAAAGUAAAGUUUUUUUGUUAUUUGUAGUAGGCAAUUCUUCGAUGACCUACAACUAGGAUAAUAUGUUUAUUUAUAAGAUUAAAGAUUUUUGUGCUUAGCCCGAGAGUUUGUACUUUCUAUUAGUAAUUUCAGGGCAGUUAGAGUAAAAGUGUUCUGUGUUUCAGGGUUAGAUUUUAAAAAUUAAAACCUGUACGAACUUUAGGAAUACUUAAAACAUCAAUUAUUAUCAUCGCUAUGUUAUUUGAAAUUACAAAACGACGUAUUAAUUUUUCUAAACAUGAAGAAACCGCUCUGACUCAAUAUAAUUCAUUAAUCGCUUUAUGUGUCGAUAAGCAACUUCUUAUUAUUGAUUUUUCCUACAACUUGCAAUGCUUAGAAAAAUAUUUGGAUUUUGUUGAGAGGACGAUACCAUGCUCUGUAAACAAUGCUUCCUCAAAGUAUGUGAAUAACUAUGUAACAAAUGGAGUACCAAAUGAGGAAUUGGUUAAUAUAACCACGGAUCAGUACAUGUGGCCCUACAGUAGUCAUUUGUUAAAAGAAACAAUUAAUAUAGCAUCAUUUCAGUUUUCCCCAUAUAGUUUCGUAAGCAACAACAGUGUAUUAGCAGUUUUAAAUAAUGUAGGACAUGUAGAAAUUUACACAUUAAUAAACAAGGAAUGGUGUAGUCUGAUAAACUUAUCAUCUCAUAUUAAAACAUAUUUCAAUAUUAUGCACGGUUAUAAUAAAAAACCAGAGAGUAUGGAGGAGUUGAAAGAUGUGGUGUAUAGAAUAAGUACAAGUUCAAUGUGUUGGUCCCCUUAUCGAAAUACUGAUGGCUCAUGUUAUUUUGUCACUGCUCAAAACAGUGGUCUCCUUGUUAUGUGGCACCUCAAAUAUGAUGAAACAAUAAGUAAUUUUAGUGUAAUUGACAUACUUAAUGUGGAUAUAAUGCAAAUCAAUUGUGUCAAUUGGAUACCCAGCAAUGAGUUAUUUUUAUUAGUAUAUGCUAGUUUAUCUGGCGAAUUGUAUGGUAAGUUGUGCAAAAUAAAUAAUAAAACACUUAUUUGUACAGCACAUAUAAAUCUGUGGACACAUAAAGAUAGAAUGUCAAUAAAUUCAAUAGUUUAUACAAAUAUUGGAAACAAACUUGUAAUAGUUUUUAGCAAACAUAGACAUGUAGUUGCUCAACUCUAUGAUACCCAAUUUAAAUUACUAUCUCAAAAUAUUGCAAUAAUUAAUGAUAACCAUAUAUCAUGCAUAACAAAAGCUAAGAAUGGUAUAUAUGUUGCAACUAUUAAUGUUAAAAUUUACAAAGCUAAUUUCAUUAUUACUGAUGAUCAGAUAAGUGUAACAUAUGAGCAAAUACCAACAAAGGACCCUUAUACAAAUUACAAUCUCCAUGGCCUUACAUUUUCAAACAACAAUGUCAUUUGUUGUAUGGCUUUAAUUGAUAGAAAAGUAUUAUACAGAAAAGUACAAAUGAAACUUGAGCUAUCAUUCUUUUGUUUUGAAGAGGAUUAUAAUUCAAAUGAGCUUAAUAAAUUGUUAAUGAAUAAUUCAUCAAAGAAGUUGACACAUAUGUGGGAUUGUAUCGAGAUACUUAGAUAUAAAACACUUAAGAGAAAAAGACUUCCAUCCAUAGACUUUCAUAUGCUGUACAAUGAAGCUGAGACAGAUAUAUACAAAUUAAAAAUUUAUUUGAUACUACUUACAGUGUAUGAUAGUCUCGAAAGCAUAUUGAAUAACAAUUCUAAAGGUUUACUUCCUGAAACAUCACAAGAAGUUGUCAAGGAGAAAAUAUUGUAUCAGCAUGCAUCGAAUUAUGUGAAUGAAAUUCAUGAAAAGUAUAAGAAAUAUAAUUCAAUUACCUCUUUUGAAUCUGAAUGUCUUAGCCGUUGUGUUAAAUAUAUGGAGUUUUAUAACCAAAAGUAUAAGAAGGAUAAAAGUGAUGUUAUAGAUGGUGAUAUUAUAAAACUUUGUUCAGAGUAUAACUAUAUUUGCCAAUUCUGUGACUGUGCAAUAAGUGAGUUUGUCGGAGAAUGUGGACACUUGAAUAUGUUUUGUUCUUUAACAUUCAGACUAAUUGUAGACAUGGAUCACCUAGUGUGUAAAUGUUGUAAAGCUGCUGCCAUGGCUGACUUAUUUCAAAACAAACCAUUAUGUGUUUUUUGUGACUUAUACUUAGAAAAUAACUAAGUCAAAAAUGCAAGGUGUUGCAAGGGAACAAGGAAUGAGGUGAUAACCUUCUUACCAUUGGAUAACCCAUAUGCUGUUCCUAUCUAAUAAAAUGAUUUGUUUGCGUU